AUUAGCGACCCCUCUUCGUUUCCGUCUCCGUGGCCCGGCCGCAAGCACGAUUCCCAGUAGAAACGGGAACCUGGUCUUCUACUCUUCUUCCCCGUCCGUCCGGUGGUCCUCCCCGCAUAUAAAACACGCCACCCACCUUCCCCAAUUUUCCUCGCAAGCAUCCAAGAAAAGCAAACCAAACCAGGCCAGACCGACAGGAAAGAAACACACCAGCGAAGCAAGAAACCUCCCCGCCGCCGCCGCCGCCGCCGGAGAUGUCGCAGCUGAUCGAGGACCACCGCUCGGGCGCGGAGGUGCACUCCGGGCACGAGCUGUGCGCGCGCAAGUCCCGCGAGUUCAUGGUGGAGCUGGGCCUCCCCGACGGGCUCCUCCCGCUGCCGUCCCUCGACGAGGUGGGCUACAACCGCUCCACGGGCUUCGUCUGGCUCCGCCAGGCCGCCGGCCUCACCCAUACCUUCGACACCAUCGGCAAGCAGGUCUGGUACGACAAGGAGGUGACGGCCUUCGUGGAGCCCGGCCGGAUGCACGGCCUCACCGGAGUCAAGAGCAAGGAGCUCCUCAUCUGGGUCACCAUCUCCGAGAUCGUCGUCAGCCCCUCCGGCACCAAGGUCGUCUUCCGCACCCCCGCCGGGCUCGGCCGCGCCUUCCCCGUCACCGCCUUCCAGCUCAACCCGGCGCCCGAGGGGGACAAGGAGGACGAAGCCGCCGCCAACUGAUCUGCCUCCGGCGGGCGGGCGCGCGCUCGAUCUGGCCGCGCCGCGGCAAGAUCUGGUGUGGCAGCUGGCAAUUGUGUUGUGCUUGUGUCCCGCCUCGACUCUGUGAGCUGAGCUCCGUCCUCUGCAUCUGCAGUGUAAUGGUCGUGGAUGAUGCAGGAAUAAACCGUGUCCAUGAAUUCAGGGUUCAUAAUUGUGUGUGCUAGACAGUGAUGCUACAGCUUGAUCUUGUAUUGAUUCAGAGCUCGUCUGCCCCAUUGCCUGUUUCGUCUUGGAACGAAAUUGCAUUGGCUUGUCUGUUUCGUUGCCUGUUUACUGUCAUCUCUGAGGCUUGGAUUGUCCUCAGGGUGAACGGAAUGUUAUGGAGAUCUAGCUCCGUUUGAUCUCGGUCGAUUCA